CGGUGGGGCGGGGCGGGGCUUCUGCGGACCGUGUCCGCUGCGGGUCCGUUGGGCGGCGGCGGGUGACGGGAGGCUGUCCCCGAGCGUCGCGCGGGGCCCGUUCUUCUGAGCAGCUGCGUCCUGAAGCGGGGGACGGGCCCCCGCCUCGGCAAGCCCGCUGCGGGCUGCGUCCCGCUCACCCCAGCAGCGUGUUAGCUCGGGAGCCUAACGGCGGCAGAGCGCCUGCUUCUCCGCCAUUCAUUUCAGCUGAAUGUUUUAAGGGAGACAGGGAGACAAACACCGUGGCUUCAUGUCCGCUCCUCCUUCCCCCCCAGCUAAUCCCCGAUCUGGCGAGUAGAUGAGGCAUGUUCUGCCAUGGUGCUGCAAAAGCUACUUCUACAAAUGCCUUAAUGGAACAGUUACGUUUAAAAUACCAACAAAAACCAUGGACUGAAACUCAGAAACUUGUCCAUUUUUGUAUGGAUAAGCCACUUCAACAGCCUGCUAGUAAUGCUCCAGAUAGUCCAUUGCUCUCUUGCAUGGAGAAGAUACAGAGGACAUUAAAUGGUAAUGAGCUGUCAGCUAAAUCUUUGUUUUCUGUGAUGAACAGAUUGGAAUAUUUAUCCAAACAAAAAGGGCUUAAUGCUCAUGUUAGCCCCAGUGGGACUGCCUGCUACAUAACAUCAAACAUGUUUUAUAUAGAAGUUCAGCUGGAGAAGGAUGGAAAUGUGAUUGAUGUAAAGUUGGCUCAUUUUGGAGAAGCUCCUGUGGUUUGUGAUGACUUGGUGCAGCAUCUAAGGAUGAAGAACUAUGAUGCCUUUGGAAAGAUUCUAGAAGACCUGUCAAAUCUGUAUCAAAUUCCAGGAAACAGCAAAAUGCAAGCUAAGGCAUACUUCGCUUUGCGGGCCCUUGAAAGAGACCUUUAUGCAAUGUCUCUUGUAGACAGAACACAGGAUGUAAACAGAGUUACUGAAGUACUUCAUGGAAAAGUAGGACACCUGGUGCCAAGAACUGGAGGAACUCUUACGAACAUCGAAUUUUACAUUUCUCCCUAUCAAGUUUUGGAAGCAGAACUAAACCCCGGUUCCCGGGUAUGUGGAACAAAAACGGUUGUAACUGUUGAAGGCACGGAUACACUCCACAAACUUCCUCUUUCUCCACUGCUUGUAGAUUCUCAAGCUGGAGAGGACGGUAACCCUGCUUUUCUACCACUGACUGAUGAAAUCAGCAUGGAUUUGCCAGCAUUUUUUGUGUUGAAGUUCUAUCAGCCUAUUCCUAUGUCCUCAUCCAGUAUUGAAGAGAUCCAGAGGCUCACAGGAAUUCAGAUUACUGGCUUGAAACUAGCUCCCCUAUAUGAGCUGAUUGUUCAGUCUGCCCUUAAAGAAAAAUGCAGUGAAGACUUGUCUACAGAUAAAUCCUGUUUCUUUGUGUCUCUUCCAGAUUGCCCAAAGCACUGUUACUUCAUAAACAAGGGCUCAGAAAAAUCAGAUUUAUCAGGAGCCCUGGUCAGUAAAAUCCCAUUUAGCCACCCGAAGUGUGUGCCUGGUGUAAUAGAGAUUCUUCGACAUCAAGUGGCAUAUAACACUCUUAUUAGCAGCUGUGUCUCUGACAAGCAUAUAAAUGAAGAUGACUCAGAACUGCUUUACUUUGAAGUGGUACCACACAAGAACACCAGCUUUUGUGUCUUUUUCCUUCAUCCUGUGAAAGAGAAUUUAGCCUGUGUGCUAAUUGAUGUCAUAACCUCCAGAGAAGUCCAAUGUCACCUUCAUUUAAAUCCUCAAGAUCCAACGCUAAAUUCUAGUGAUGACUUCAUAGCAAGAGCUGUGAAGCGCUGCAUGUCAGUCCCAGUUGUCAUGAGAGCUAUUUUCAGGAAUGCUGCCAAGGUGAAAGCUGAUAGUGAAACACAAGACAUGGAAGCAGACGCAGAACAAAAACCUGAACCACCACAUGAGCAAAUUACGGAUUCUAGUAGUCUUGAAGAAAGUCUUUCUGGGGCUGGUCAGCAAGAUUUAGUAGUGACAGAUAAGCCAAGUAUUACAGACAGCCCAAACCAAAAUGGCUCCACAGCCAAACUGGAAACUCCGGGUAAUAACACGGAAAAAGGUAACUCCGCAGUAAGCACGGAAACUCUGUGUGGAGUGGAAGAAAGUAAUUCCACAGCUAGUACAGCAGCUGUUAUGAUAGAUAAGUAAAACACACAAUGUAUUGUUUGAUAAUCAAAGAAUAAAGGAAUAUUUUCCCUGGCA